AGCUGAGAAGAGAAGUAGCAGCACUGAGAGCACCUUUCCACACACAACGGGGUGGUUUGUUUGGUCGUUGGUUACUCAAUACUCAUCAUUUUCCACUUCUCUUUUCUUCGCAUUCACUCUUCACUCCCACACUCGCUUUUCUCCCUCACCCAUCGUCCCCGCCGUUCCCUCCGAUCGCCGCCGUCGACCUCGCCGCCAAGGAAACCGGGAUAACAACUCCAAUUCUCAGUUAUUGCUAUUAUUUUGAGAGGAGCAUAAGGAUUCGUUUGGUACUUGAUAAGUACCUAAGGCCCUAUCAGUACUAAAGAGAAAGUGAGAAAGGAAGAUGAAAUAAGUUCAUAUAGAAAAUGGCAUCGAGGCAAAUGGAAGAGAUUCAGAAGAAAUUGGCAGACCUAAAUUACCCUAGAGCAAAUGCGCCUGCUCAGUCCCUCUUAUUUGCUGGCAUGGAGCGCUAUGCCCUUCUGGAGUGGCUCUUCUUUCGGCUAUUAGGUGAUAAGUCACCCUUUUCUCAGCAAAACUUACAAGGGGAUGGCCUUGAUCGUGAUGAGGAGACUGGUCGAAUUCAGUAUUUGGCAGAAAUUGCCAAGUUUCUAGGUAUUACAACAACUGUAGAUACAGAUGCCAUUCAGGGGCAUGGAAGCUAUGAAGACCGUACUGAAAUGCUUCGUCUUAUUGUAGAUUUAGUGGAGGCAACAAUAUGUGCAGAUAAUCCAGAAUGGAGUGUUGACGAGCAGGUAGCCAAGGACAUCCAAUUGAUAGAUUCCAUUGCAGAAAAACAAGCUCAAAUAUUUUCUGAAGAAUGUAAAUUGUUUCCUGCAGAUGUUCAGAUUCAAUCCAUAUAUCCAUUGCCAGAUGUUUCUGAGCUGGAGUCAAAGUUUUCUGAACAAUCAAAAAUAUUGUUGAAUCUUCAACAAAAAGUUGAUGACCUGGCAUCCAAGCAUGCUUACAAUCCAGAUGAGGAGUAUACUGAGGUGGAAGCCCAACUGCGGGCACAUUUGGAGUCUUUCCUAGAGACAGCUAGAACAUUCAAUUUGAUUUACACCAAGGAAAUUCGUCCAUGGACACACAUGAUGGAGGUUCCGCAGCUUCAUGGAUUUGGACCAGCAGCCAAUCGUUUAUUGGAGGCCUAUAAAAUGCUUUUGAAGUUUUUGGGUAAUCUACGGAAUCUUAGAGAUUCACAUGCAGCCCUUGCCUUUGGUUCUUCUGAGACAUCCGACGGGCCUUCAUCCGUCACAAGAAUAAUCUCUGAAUGUGAAUCUGCAUUGACAGUCUUAAAUCGUGAUCUUGGAAUUCUCUCUGCUUCCAUUGCACGUGAACAGGGAGAGAAGAUGAACAUUUAAUGAAACAUGAGAAAUUUAUUAAUCCUUAUUCUUUUGGAUUUUGUGAACUUGUGCAUAAUGUUCAUAUUGUUAACAUGAGACGUGUUAAUGUGAAGUCCGCAUAGUUGUAUUAUCCAGACUAUAAUUUAGAAUUUGCAAUGUAAGCAAGUUUGAAAUACUGGGUGUAUGUAAACACGUGGAGGGUCUGAAGAGUGAUACAUAGACAUGUAAACUCGGAUUAGUGUACCCAA